AUGAAUGAUAGCGACCCACACGUUCAGCUCAGCAGUGCAGCGUCCAUCGUUUUAUCACUAUGGCUCUCAAUUUCUGGUUUUGCAGCUGUAACUGGAAAUGCAGUUGUGUUGUGGCUUUUCUUCAGAAAUGAGUCUUUACGAACAAUUUCCAACCUUUUUUUAGCCUCUUUAUCCGUAGCGGAUCUUUUGGUUGGGCUUGUGAUUGUUCCUGCCUGGAUCAUAUUCAUGUGGUGGUUAACAUUUCACAACCUUUUUAACGUCUUUUUAGAAUGCUUGUGGGUUCACACAACCGUCACCACCACUUUCAACAUUUGCUGUAUUUCAGUCGACCGGUUUAUUGCCAUUCGGUUUCCUUUCCGUUAUCAGGACAUAGUAACCAAGAAAAGAUGUUGCACAGGGAUAAUUUUGGUGUGGUUAUUUUCACUGGGUCUUCCUUUCUCGACGUUGUCGGUAAUUGGCGAGGAAAGUAUCAGUGUCUCAGUGCUGUGGAUUUCUGUUGCACUUAUAACAUUUGCUAUUCCAUUACUUGUAGUCUCAUGUUGCUAUAUUUGUAUUUUCAAAUCGGCAAAAAAGCAAUUUAAAAGAAUUUCAGCUAGAGAAAAUCCUACAACAUACAACGACAAUGUCAGAGUUCGUAGUAUGAAAAAUUUCAAAGCUAUCAAAACAAUCGGUUUUGUCUUGGGUGCUUGUAUUAUCGCAUGGACGCCCAGUUUUGUUGUCCUGUUUCUUGAUUGUUAUUACACUGUGAUAAGUGACUGGGAUAAAAGUUUGAGACUAUAUUAUGUUGUGUGGCCUUGGGUUGAGGCAAUCGCUUUUACUUCAUCAGCAGUCAAUCCAUUCAUAUAUUACUUUAGAAAUAAAGAGUUCCGCCCAGCUUUUCGCCGUACAUUUCGCUGGUUACCCAGACGACGUAGCAAGAUAGGCACAAGAACAACCAGGUUGAAGUCAACUCGAGACCAAAUGACAGAAAUGGUUUGAGUUGUGGAGAUAUAGGAAAUGAAAAGGAAGAGUUCUGAAGACAUCUCAAAGGAAACACGACUGCCAUUAAUAAAAAAUUUUGAAAUGAA